AUGACUCGAUAUGGCUCAUACUCGACAAAGGGCUCUGAGGAAGUCUCUGUUGCUGAAAUGAACGAAGGAUCUGGAUGGUCCAAGAAGAAGGCGUUCGGGGCAAGGCUGAAACCGCUGGAGACCGGGGAAGCACCCCCACACGCACUGGGGGGAUCUUUUCCAGUCGAGGAGGAACGGCAGGAUGUCCCCGUAGUGUCGCCGACUGUGGUAUCACCAAGAACGUCUAGUGUCCGUGCCAUGGCGUUAAAGUUUGAGCAAGUUGCAGCCUCCAGGGAAGAGGCGCGCAGACGCUCGUUCUCGGUUGGAAGCCCCCUGUCAGAACGGAAGAAGCUGCUCCAAAAGUCACUGCCGAUUCCAUUGAACGAUUUACAAGAACAAAGUGAAGUACCGGCUCAAACUGAAGCAUCAGAGUCGUCCACCGGUAGCAAAGAUGACAACUUCUACGAGAAGAAACCAUUGCUCAGAAGCAAGAGAGGGAGAAACAUUCUGAAGAACAGGCAGACGUCAAGGUUUGCGGACAGGUUGAAGAUGUUCGAGAACAAGGCAGCAGCAGACUCAGACGAUAACUAUGGUCAUAAUCCCGCUACCGAUGAUACGGCAGCCAGUGGCACCUCGGCAGCAACUGGCACGACAGCUAACCAAACAGAGUACCACUACGCAGAGUUUAAUAAUGAUAUGGGUCAAGAAGAUGGCUCUUUUCUGUCGGUUGACUGCACCACAAUGUCGGCUCCCACUGUGUUCAUCCUCUCAACACCCGUUCCUGGGCCACACUCAGAACAGGAACAUGGAAACAGCGCCAACACGACCGUAUCAGAAUCUGAGCUGAGCACGUUGGACUACAGCAUUUUCUCCGAUGAGACGUUCAAUGUCAGGGAAGAAGUCGAUGCCAUGGGCCGGUUGCAACAUCAUGGCAGCAGGGAGAUGUUCGAAUCUUCUUACACGGAUGACAAGGAGGGGCUGGGAUUUGAAACAAGUCUCUCGCCCCAUAACAGCUUCAAUGAUGCCUUGAACGACAUUGAACAGAUCUUCGAGGAAGCCGCAAGACUUCCUCAGAGCCCCCCAAGGUCGCCACACAGCCCAAUUGAUGCAUCCCGAGGGGGAAACACACCCAAAGCCAACAACAGGGUCUAUGAAUGCGAACCUUCACAUCCGCCAGAAACCCAUUCACCUGUGUCCAAGGGGAGCUUCACAAGUCGGGACACGGUCCAAAGUAAAUUCGACCAACAUGAUGUCAAAGAUGAUUCCCCAUUCGAUGCCGUGGUCCGCGGUUCGGUUGAUCAGGAGGUCGAGGUCCUUCACCAUGAUGAUGAUGCUAAGGUGCCGCUGAACGACUCGACGUUCGAGAACCAAGUUGAUACGCAAGAUACUGACACCCCUCCCCAAGAUGAUGUCCAGGUGCCAUUUGAUGAAGCGGCUGAAGCAAGGCCACGGCAGGUACCCAUUCUGAAAGGGAGCGGCUCGGGCUCCCCAUCGCAAGGCCUUCUCAACGCAUCCUUUUUCAGUACAGUCGAACAGGAAGAUGAACGGAGCAAGGACAAUGAGGAAAGUGCGAAUAUUGAAGAUGAUACAAUAUUGGCUAUGACGGAGGACGAUGACAAUGAUGAAGAGGAGGAAGACUCGAUGCUGCGAGAGCUCGAGGAAGAGUUCCAAGAAGUAGAAUACCAGGAAAAAGAUUAUCAUGGAGUACAAUGCCAACAAGAAGCUCGCCAAGGAGAAGAAUACGGAGAAGGAGAAGAACAUGGAGAAGAAGAAUAUGGAGAAGAAUACCGAGUAGAAGACUACGGAAAAGAAUAUGUAGGAGUAGAAGGUCGUGUAGAAACCCGGCAAGACGAAAUCCAAGAUCAACGAGAGGUAACACCAACGAAGACACAGAGUUCAUCGACUCAACGAGAUUGGGACGGUCGCGGUUAUGGCUUGCACGACCUCAACUCUUUGUUCAACUCUCUGGAGGAAGGCUCCAACGAUGAUGUUGUUGGAGACACAGUCAAUGGAGAUGACGCUCAAAAUCCUGCAGACUCGGGUUGGCCUGCCGAGUUUAACUACACGGAUACCGAGGAUAAACGCCAUCAAACUGAGAAGGACAUUCAAUUGAACGGUUUGGAGGCCAAUCUUGAGGCGGCGGAUAAUGGAUCGGCAUUUUCAGCACCAGCAGCAAGACGCUACGAAAUGUCGAGCGAAAAGGAACAGCAGCCAAUCAAGGGCAUUCUUAAGAACAAGAUGGAUCCAUUAACACCGAACCCUCCAACAUCAGCAUCUCCGGUGUCCUCCGCAAGCUGGUACAGCUCAAGCACCUCAGUUCCUAGUGGGGGCUCUGAGAUUUCUCAACAGCAUUCGCAGACUCCUCGCCUGGCUGUGCCCAUCCUUCCUACCAAUGCCAAUAAUAAUCGCUACAGCAUUGGAGCAUGUGUCAAUGCGCAUUUGGCUGAAAACCCACCGGAAGGUGUUUCCGAAGUCUCGUCACAGUGCAGCAGUCCCCAACCUCCACAAAAUCAGAGCUCUGCAACCUGGCAAGAAAAAGAAGAUGGCUCUGUCGCCUCUCGUAGUUUACGAAACCAGACUGGGUCCCCGUGUUCAAUGGACCCACAAUUCAGCAGAAGCAACCAAGAACCGCAGCAAGACUUCGACGAGAUGGCACAAGCUGUGACAACAAUGGCCAAAACAGCAUCUACAGCCGUCUUGGACGCACUCGUUGAUACAGCUGACAAAAUAGUCGUUGCACCCCUUCUGUCGAUUUUCAACUGCGUGGAUCAGUCAGAGAGCAUUCUGUGCCAGGGCGCAUCUGCCGAGGAUUGCUGGGGCUCUGCCAUGAGUCGAAGUGCUAUGAGAAAGAAGCGCAGUGGAAGGAGGAAGUAUCAGCACAGCAAGCGUGCUACUCGAAAGUUCAAGGCUUAG